ACCACCAACUCUUCAUCUAUAAAUCUCAAGUCACAUUCAUCACUCAAUCAUAAACUCUAGCAAAAAAAAAAAAACUAUAGCCAAAGAGAUUCAGCUACCAAAAAAAAAAAAAAUGAGAACAAGUAACCACUUAAUUGGUGUACUUAACUUCUUAACCUUCUUACUAUCAAUCCCCAUCCUAGGAGGUGGAAUAUGGCUAAGCAGUAGAGCAAACAACACAGACUGUCUCAAAUUUCUUCAAUGGCCAUUAAUCAUAAUAGGAGUUUCCAUCAUGGUUGUUUCGCUAGCCGGUUUUGCAGGGGCGUGUUACCGUAACACUUUCUUGUUACGUUUUUAUCUUGUUGUCAUGUUCUUUGUCAUUGGUGUGCUUAUUGGAUUUAUAAUAUUUGCAUAUGUUGUAACGGAUAAAGGGUCUGGAAGAAGGGUUAUGAAUAGAGGGUAUUUGGAUUAUUAUUUGGAGGAUUAUUCUGGUUGGUUGGAAGAGAGAGUGGCUAGUGAUGAGUAUUGGGGGAAGAUUAGUUCUUGUAUAAGGGAUUCUAAAGCUUGUAGGAAGUUGGCUAGAAAUUUUAAUGAUGUUCCUGAGACUGCUGAUAUGUUCUUUGAAAGAAAACUCAAUCCUAUUCAGUCUGGUUGUUGCAAACCUCCAACAGAUUGUGGCUAUUUGUAUCAAAACGAGACAGUAUGGAUUCAAGGAGCAGGACUAGUGGGAACAAACCCUGACUGCAACAAAUGGAACAAUGACCAACAACAACUUUGUUAUGACUGUGAUUCUUGCAAAGCUGGUGUACUUGGUAGUCUCAAGAAGAGUUGGAGGAAAGUAUCAGUGAUCAAUAUUGUUGUUAUGAUCAUCCUUGUAAUUGUUUACAUAGUUGCUUAUUAUGCUUAUAGAAACAACAAAAAGAUGGAUAAUGAUGAACCUUAUGGUGAAGCAAGGAUGACAAAGUCACAACCUAGUGCUUUUCAUCUUUAAUUAAUUAAUUAAUUAAUUGUACUAUGUAGCUUUAAGCUAUUUAUGUUAGGGUUUUGGAGAUUGGCUUUGUUUUGUAUCAAACCGUUGUAGUAUGUAUGACUUUGGAUUUAAUCUUGCAAGGUGAAAGGGUUGAUGUAUUUAUUAAAUUUGGUUACAGUUUGGAGUAUUAGCCUUUUUGAUUUUGGUUUGAAGAUACUCAUUUUGUAUAUUUAUUGGAAUUAUGUAUUGAUA